UCUUCACUGUCCACAGUUCAAAGGGAGCAUCGAAAUUUUGGAAACUACUUUCUGAAUUCAUGGGUAAUAUGCGACAAAUGGAGCAAAAGUAUGACCUCUCGAAGUGCCAGAUGUAUCACGAGAAGAGUUCUUUCGCUUUUUGGAUCGUGCUGGUGUUACUGUUUUGCCUGGCGUUGGGUAAUCUCUGUCUAACCCUCUCGAUAACGGCUAUUUUGCGCAUCUACCGCGGUAUGGAAAACAUCGAACUGAUACAGGAUGCGGAAACGAUCAAGUUCUACGGUAACAUCGAUUUCGAUCGUGUGUACAAGAAAGAUGGGCUUCUGGAGAGUUUCUAUGACGAGCCACUCGAAAUUACCGGCGACGAUGCUGCGGUAACGAUCAAUCUGGUUAACAGGAACGGGCACUCGCACAACAAAAUACAGCUAUCGAAAAAUGGCAGCUUUUUGAAGGGGAUUAAUCACUUCGACGUGAAGGACCCGGCCACGGGUAAGACAGUAUUUGCCACAUCGCGGCCACACUACAACAUGCCACAGGGAGCUUCGGUGCUGCAUGCACACCUCAUCAAUACGGGGCGCAUCGCGUCGCCGAUCAACGACACGCUAAAGCUGCAAACGCGUAACAAAAUCACACUCAAGGGCACGGAAGGCAUCCGAAUGGAGGCCAAAGAAAUGUUGUGGUCGGCGGAUCAGAAUAUAUCUCUGAAAUCGGACAAUGGCAGCACCAUCCUAGUCGGCGCCAAUGGAGUUUGGGUGAACGUGAACAAUUUGCCCGUGGUCAAGAACGAGCACGGAAUGCGGAGCGGUUCGAAUCAGUACAAGCUCUGCGUUUGCUAUCCCCAGGGACGCAUUUUCCGCAUUGCGGUGCCAAAAACGCAUACGACACGCGUGAAUUGUGCUCAUUUUGCGGCCAAGCAGGAUCCGUGUGCCUAAGCUGCGGUUGGAAAGUAUUCUUACGCGUGUUUAAUAGUUGAGGGGCUAACAUAUCGACUUAAGCAUUAGGUUAAGAAUCUAUUUGUAGUUUAUUAAAACAAGGGUUUUCAAUAACGUGUCCGAUGCGAAUAGUGUUCAGUUGAUGUAGUGGUUUUAAAGUAGUUUUAGGACGAAUAUUGUAGUGCUAUUGAAUCAUAAUUAGAUCCUGUUUUACCACAAAAUAAUCCCGAAGUUUACUAACGACUUAGUUAAAGCGUAUUAGACAAAUAAAUACUCGAAAUAUCGUUAAGUUCG